GGUGAUGUAACAGUCAUAGACACCAUACUCGUAUAUAAAUAUUGAAACACAAAUUUAUACAAUCCUUCCACUGAAUACAGUCUUUAGUAAGUCGAUUGUUAGAAAAAAAUUAUUUCAAUUCAUGGGUUGGUGACAGUGUGCGGAAAGAAGUGGGAAUAACGGAAGUUGUGUUUGUUAAAUGAGUGUUGUAGGUUGUGUCUCUUGCGGUAAUAAUUAUAUUGGUGUGUGAAUGUAUUAAUUUUUAUGGUUACAUCGUUGAAGGUUGUAUUCUGUAUUGGCGCUAUUUCCUUACUUGUGAUGACUUCUGAAGAAGGAUGGAAUUUUCCAAGUACUCUUGAAGGAUUUGGGUAUGCAUUCAACAAAGAUGGGCAGCUUAGAAAAGUUGAUCCAGAUACUGGCAAGCCUGGAUAUGAAUCUUUUGAGUUUAAUGUUAGUGAGAAUCAAGAGUAUAAUCAGAAAAGAUACGAAGCUUUGGGUGAUGUGAUAACAGAAUAUGUAUAUCACCUACUUGAGACUGAAGUAGGACUCCACAGAGAGAUGGUUCCUCAGCAAGGAUCAGCACAAGAAAGUGCAGUUAUCUUUGUUUCUUCAGAUAUAUUGUCGAGGCCAGAUCAUCUUCUUGUUCUGAUUCCUGGAAGUGGUGCAGUGAGAUCAGGGCAGUGGGCUCGGAGUUUGAUUAUAAAUGACAGUUUACAAAGUGGGUCACAAAUCCCAUUCAUUAAACGUGCAAGAGAACUUGGUUAUGCUGUUAUAGUGAUGAAUCCAAAUGAUAAUGUGAAGGUUAUAGAUGGCAAAAAAAUCAAAAUUAAGAAUAGCCGUAAUGGAAUGGAGCAUGCAGAUUAUGUAUGGAAACAUUAUGUUAAAGAAAUUAAUCCAAAGCAUAUUGCCAUAAUUGCUCACAGUUACGGCGGAUUCCUCGCAGUUGACCUGGCUACAAAAUAUCUCUCCGACUUCAGCAGUAGCGUGUUUGCUAUUGCCUUAACAGAUUCUGUCCACGAUUUUUGGGCACAGAAAGUCCCUUCCAAAGUUGCAGAGUACCUGAAAAAGGUGUCGCGUAAUUGGGCUUCCCACGACACGUCACUGGACACACGACUGUCUCAUAAUAAGGAGGGUGAUAUUCCUCGAGUUUCAGCAGGGCACACAAAACAUGAGAUGACAUCCUGGUCAAGUUUUGAGUCCGUGUUCUCAUUCAUACAGGAACGGCGUAAUGCCUUGGUCGGUAAGGAUGAACUUUGAUCAGUUCUGGAGGAUGGUGUGGGAAUGAAAGUAGUGUACAGUAAAUCUGCUUUUAUUUUCAGUUCACUCUUAGUUAUAGUUUGCUUGGUAUUUGCAAUGUAUUCAAGAGGUUCACAAUAAAGCAGAUCCCUUCAGCAAAUAUCGCUGUAACCAUGA